UUUCUUUUUUCUCAUCCGGCACGAUCGACGCUGGGGCUCCAAUGAUCUCCGCCAUCUGCAGCCUGCUUCUGCCAGCCUCGCAGAGUUUCGUGGCCGUGCCGAGGCCCGACGUGCUCUCGGCGCACAGCCCGCGCGCCGUGGCCGCGCCGCGCAUGCUCUUUGGCGGCGGCGGCGCGAGCAAAGAGGGUGGCGGCGGCGGCGGCGGCAUGGGCAACAUGAUGGAGACCAUCAAGAAGGCGCAGGAGGUGGGAGUGAAGGUCAAGGCGCUGCAGGAGGAGCUGGUCAACACGGAGAUCGAGGCGACCGCCGCCGACGGCGGCGUGACGGUUGUCAUCUCCGGUGCCCAGGUGCCCAUGGAUGUCAAGGUGAGCGAGGACUUGUGCAGCAAGGGCGCGGAGGCCGUGUCGGACGCCAUCUCGCUGGCGAUGCGCGAGGCGCACAAAAACUCGAUGGAGUACUCCAAGCAGAAGCUGGGCGCGCUCUACGCCGAGAUUGGGCUGCCGAUGCCGCCGGAGGGAGGGCCAGGCAUGUGAGCAGAGUUGCGGAGCGUCGGGCCCGGCGUGGGCGAGGCGGCGUGGAACCGGCGCGUGAGAUCGUGAGACGGCGUUCGAGAGUAUAGAGAGAGCCGUACGACUGACAU